AUUCAAAUGUUUGUAAACGAGCAAUCAAAACUAUACAACUUUUAAAUAUUUGUUUUUUUCUGUUUUUUUUUUCUGUUUGUUCUAUUUUCAACCAUGUCUAUGAUGAAGAAAUCCGUUUGGUUGGAGGAAUUAGGAGAACGAUCCUCGUCUUGGAAAAGGGCAUUCUCUAAGCAGUACACCAAGAGCAUGAACUUAGAAUAUGGAAGGGUUCCUAGGCAUACAGAUGGAAAAAUUCAUAUUCUGUACGAAGCAAGGAUUUCGUUCCUCGGAAACAAGACAAGACGGCACCCAGAAGAUUCGAAAUAUAUGGGAGACUUCAAUGAGACUUGGGAGCCUUGGCAGUUCUAUUCCUAUUAUCCAAAGGAUGAUGAUCGGGAUGUUAUGCCCAGGGACCCAAGCUAUGCGAAGUUUAAAGUGUCCAUGAAUGCAGUGUGCAGCGAGAAAAUUAGUGAAAGGAAAAAACAGUAUAACUCUCAGAUAAAUCGGGAAAUUGAAAAAUUGAUCGAAUAUCAGAGUAGUGCCGUGGAGGCGGCAUACUUAGUGCGUCUAUUGUCUUAUACAAGUUUUUGGCCACCUUACCAUACUAAGGAGGAAAUAGAGAAGACCAGCAAAACAUUCUUCAAGUUGUCCAAGAAUGAAAAACGUCGUUAUGACUACAUAAUGUCUCAUGAGUUUAACUAAUCAAUAUCCAUAGAUGCAUAAGAAUAAUUUUAUACUCCAGUAAAAAACUGUUGACCUAAAAAUUUUUUCUGGAGUAUAAAAUAAUUUUUAAAUCCAUGAAUUUCUUACUCCCAUAACUAAUUCAUAAAAUUCAGACCUAAACUGCAACCUGAGACUUUUAUUGCGAUGCAAAAUGUCGCAAAGCCACUCUCCAGACUGAAUAAAUUUACAACUUUAAUUUAUAGAA